CGCCUUCUCUCCCUUUUCACCGCCGAACAGCGAUCAGUACUCUCAUGGCUCCGAUUAGUGCGAAGUUUACCGCCCGCGACGACGACGCGUACGGCGGAGGAGAGCCGAAGGGGCAGCAGUUCCGCGGCGUCCGCAGACGGCCGUGGGGGCGUUUCGCAGCGGAGAUCCGGGACCCGGCGAGGAAGUGCCGCGUGUGGCUGGGCACCUUCGACACCGCCCAGGAGGCCGCCCGUGCCUACGACGCCGCCGCCCUCCGCUUCCGUGGCCCCAUGGCCAGGACCAACUUCCCCUGCUCUCUCGACUCCACGCCGAGCAGCAGCACCAUCGAGUCCUCCGCCCCGCAUAGGCAGGCGACCGCCGCCUCCUCCUCCUCCGAACACUCGUCGCGGGAUCUGCGGCUCAGGCGGCAUCCUUUGGCGAAGUUUCCCUUCCUGCACCAACCGGUCUCCGCCGCCGUAGGUCAACCCCUCGUGGCGUUAGUCUCGUCGAAGAAGGAUGCGUUUAUGGAUUUCAGGGCGCCGGUUUGUGGCGGGAUGGAGAGCGACUCGGAUUCGUCGUCCAUAGUGGAUUGUCCUCGUAGGAUUUAUUUAGAUUUUGACCUCAACUCGCCGCCGCCGACAGAACAGAAGUCACUGGAUCUAAAACCACUUUUGUAAAAUAAGUGCUAAUACACAAUCAUCUUUUACCUAGCAAAAAUAAACCACUGCGCUAUAGGCGGUCAGGA